UUCACACUGCGCUUAGAACAGCAGCAGGUCUUAUCACGUUUUUUAAAGCUACGGUCGAGCUUUAUGGACCUGGCGGCCUUAAAAAUCUGAGAGACGUUGGUUUCUGGAAAUCAACCUACAUUAUUUUUUCUUUAAAAAACUGAUCUGAACAGAAACAAAGACAUCCAUCACAAUCUCCCACGAUGAACCAGACAAACUGCACCGACCCCAAAGCGGAGUUCCAAUACUAUCUCUUCCCAUCGAUCUACAUCCUGGCUUUAAUUAUAGGCCUUCCGGGAAAUCUGGUGGCGCUGUAUGUCUUCACCGUCCGGAUCAGCCCUCGAACGGCCUUCAGUGUCUACAUCAGCAACCUGGCCGCGGCGGACAUCAUCAUCCUCUGCAUGCUGCCCUUGCGGAUCCACUACCACCUCCAUGAGAACGAAUGGGAGUUUGGAGACUUCGCCUGUCAACUCACCGGGACUCUGUACUAUGCCAACAUCUACAUGAGCAUCUGCUUCAUGACCUGCAUCUGUGUGGACCGCUACAUGGCCACGGUGCAUCCACACACCUACCUGAGAAUGCGGAACCCAAAAUGGUCUCUGCUGGUAAGUGUGGCGCUGUGGUGUUUUGGUGGAGUGGCUAUACUGGUCUUCAUCCUCAUGGGUCCACUGGAGAGAGGGGAUGACCACAGCUGUUUUGAAAACUUUGCCACCAGAGAGUGGAACGACCGACUGAGGACUUACAGUAUAGUCAGUCUGGUUUUUGGCUCCCUGAUGCCGUCCGUUAUCAUCCUGGUGUGCUACCCGCUGGCAGCCAAACGCAUUUCCAUGAUCGGCACCAAAACAGCUCAGAAGGCUGUGAAGGUCAUCUACACCAUCCUGGCCAUCACACUGUUCUGCUUCCUGCCACACCAUGUGGUUUACCUCCUGCACCUUCUUCAGCGCCUGGAGGUCAUCCAGAACUGCACCGUCCGGACUUCCAUCUACAACGCCAGACGAGUUACCAUGGCGCUCAUCACCCUCAAUACAUGCCUGGACCCUGUGCUCUACUACAUAACCACCAGCCACUUCAGAUGGGAGCACUUAAAAAGGACGUGGCUUUGGGGGAUAGUGAGCAGGAGAAGGGGCGUCUACACCAUCUCAAGUGACCUGAAUGAGAUAAUCCCGCCUGUACAAAGAAUCCUGUAAAUACAAAGACUUUGUGAUAUGAAUUUAAAAAGCUUUUCACACCUGAUAGAUUAGUAGACUUGGUUCGAUUGGAGACCAAAGUUGCAACAAUUGUUACACUUACAGCUGGCGCGGUUUAUUUUCACACUGCACUGUGUGAAAUGAACCAAACCAUUUGAAAAACCCGUUUAACUCCUUGUCUGUGGUGUUGCUGCACCAAGAACCACUGAAGGUAAUAACACAAAAACCUCUGAAGACAUGACUGCAACUCCCUUAUUCCUAAAAUGCAAACAAAAAUGGAGUGGUGUCAGAUUUCAGUGUUAUCAGGCUUUCUGUUUUGCCUUUGGUAAUAGACCAUGAGCCAUUUCUCUCCUACUGUUAGACACAUGCAAUAGUCUAGCACUACUUUUGGAGUGGUCUCGGGUCCACAUUUGAACAACACCACAGUUCACUUUCAACCAAACCCAGACCUAGGUUUAUAGACAGACCAGUUUGCUUUUUUGGUCCACAUUAGAGUUCGAUUGUGUAUUCGCACAUCCCCAAAUGAACCAGCAUAUGAUGAAAUAGGACUAAACAUAGCUGGUGUGAAUGCAUACUAAAACCUUUUAACUUUAAUGUAUUCUUUGCACUGUAGAUAAGAGAAGUCAGUUUGUGAGGACAUCUCUUAUCCACAGAUUUCCUUUCAGGUUCAGUUCUACCCUUCUUCAUCUUGAGCUUUCUGACACUUUUUGGUUACAUCAUCCACCCUCAUGAACACUCUUGUUCCGUCUGAACAAAAGUAACCCCUGAGCAUUACAACGCCACCACCAUGUCUCAUUGUGGGUAUUGUGGGGUUUUGAUUUGGUAAUAUCUCUGCAUCAAAUCAAAUCAAAUCAAAUCAAAUCACCUUUUUAGUGAUUGCACAUUCAUUGCACCAUAGAAAAUUCUCCCAGAGCCCAGAUGUUUUCUGUCACAAGUAAAAUAACAAGUAGUUGCUAAAAGUCUUGCAACUCCUUCUUUGUUGCUAUAGGCCACAGAUGUUUGUCUACCUCCCUGACCCGUUUCAAUCUUCUCUUUUGGUCAAUUUUAGAAAGACAUCCAAUUCUUGUAAUGUAUUUUUGCAUUUACUUAUUAUACC